UGCUUCUCCUGCGACUCGCUGGCUCGCCUGUUGCAGAGGCUGCUGGGUCUCCGCUUGCAGACGGCUUCGCGCUCUCCGGGGACUGGGAACCCGCGAGACUCUCGUCUGCGGUGCUAAGGGUGUGCCUCAGCACCCCAGGGCGCGGAAGAGGGACGCUCCGGCCUUGGGGCCACUGCCCUCGCUUUAUUUUCGUUGUCGCGAACGCCGUCCGCCCGGGAGGCGCCCCGUGACCGGCGCGAUGAGUGCCAACGAGGACCAGGAGAUGGAACUGGAGGCAUUGCGUUCUAUUUAUGAAGGAGAUGAAAGUUUCCGGGAAUUAAGUCCAGUUUCAUUUCAAUAUAGGAUAGGUGAGAAUGGUGAUCCCAAAGCCUUCCUAAUAGAGAUUUCCUGGACAGAAACCUAUCCCCAGACGCCUCCCAUCAUAUCUAUGAACGCCUUUUUUAACAACACCAUAUCGUCAGCUGUAAAGCAGAGCAUAUUAGCCAAGUUACAGGAAGCAGUGGAAGUCAAUCUCGGGACGGCCAUGACCUACACAUUGUUUGAAUAUGCCAAGGACAAUAAAGAACAGUUCAUGGAGAAUCACCAUCCUGUUCAUUCCGCUACGUCCAUAAGCAAUAUCAUCUCGGUUGAAACUCCUAACACAGCCCCAUCAAGUAAGAAAAAAGACAAAAAAGAACAACUUUCAAAAGCCCAGAAACGAAAGCUGGCAGAUAAAACAGAUCACAAAGGAGAACUUCCUCGAGGUUGGAACUGGGUUGAUGUGGUGAAGUUAAGCAAAACUGGCUCUAAAGAUGAUGAAUAGCCCUUGGAAUUUGAGACGAGGGAGGAACAGCAUCCUUUCAAAAGUAAACUGGGUUCGAAAUCUUUCAUUACUCUUUUCUGGUAUUGAGGUGGCUUUUUAUAUAACAAUUUUUUUGUAUGUUUCUUAUGUAAAAAAAUGUUUUAAGCUGAAAGCUCAUGAAGAGAUCUGGUUGUAUUCAAUUACUUUCACAAACUUGCCUUAAUAAAAGGUGAAAACGUUCCUGUUUAGUAUACUUUAUGAAGCCAGUUGGCCUUUGUAAAUGGACAAAUAUGGGGAAUUAUAAAUCAUCAGUGUUCAUUUAUGUGAUCUUACUCUGGUGGAUGUGAUUUUUUUUAAGGAGUAUGAAGCGCUUUUCACAUUGUCAUCCCAAUAGAGCAGAAGGCCGAGUGAACAGUGAGUUCACAGCGUGAUCCGUAUUUAAUAGGCGUCUCGUCUUUACGUCUUCAUCCCUUCUUUCUCUUAAUUACUGAAGCGUAAAUUGCUUCAGAGAAAUUUAAAUACUAGUAUUUGAACUUUAUACAUAAUAUUCUUUGUAGUUCCUUUUUAUUUUUCAAGGGUGAACUGCUUUUUAAUAAAUGAAUAAUCUGGGGCUUCCCUGGUGGCGCAGUGGUUGAGAGUCCGCCUGCCGAUGCAGGGGACACGGGUUCGUGCCCCGGUCCGGGAAGAUCCCACAUGCCGCGGAGCGGCUGGGCCCGUGAGCCAUGGCCACUGAGCCUGCGCGUCCGGAGCCUGUGCUCCGCAACGGGAGAGGCCACAACAGUGAGAGGCCCAAGUACCGCAAAAAAAAAAAUAAAUAAAUAAAAAUAAAUUUAAAAAAUAAAAAUAAAAAAUAAAAAAAAAUAAAUGAAUAAUCUGUUUAUACUUUCCUCAUGGUUUGGGUUAUGAUGUUUGAUCAUGAGAGAUUUCAAUGGUAUGUGGAAUAGGAGAAAGAAAAAAAAACCAAAUCUGCCAAAUACAUUAGAAAGCAUUUGACUAGAAGUGCUGGUUCCUAUUUAAAACCGUUCUCUUUGCUGCAUAUACCAAAAUGGGAGUAAAAGAUGCCUUAAUAUUUAAUUUUUAUAUUGUUAGAGACAGUGGUUUUCAUAAAUUCCUAUUUAUCUGUUGUUGUGUAUUUUUAGUUGUUGGAUAACUGAGUUCUUCUGAGUGGUUUCACAUAAAACCACAGUUCAAGCAUUGUUUCUUUUCAAGUAUCCAAAUGUAUGUCUGAGCCCACUCAUCUUUGUAAAAAUAGACAUAGAAGUCUUUCAAAUGCUGUUUUAGCAGGAAGUUACUGAUGUGUAUGUGAGAUUUACAGUGAUUCUGUAUAUACUCCCCAGCUUCAAAAGCACUUAGAACUACUGCUGUGGUUUCUGGAAGAGUCCGUUGUUGGUUCCUCAGUGACACCUGUGCAGCUCGGGACUGAGUUUUUAAAGAAUAGUUAACUUUUAAAGAAGUUUCUUCAUCAAAAGAGCAGUUUGAGUUAUAUCCAUGGUUUUUGCUGGGUUAACAUUGGCUUCAGUUAAAUCGUUUCAAUUAUAAAGUAAGUAUAACUAUGGUAAAGAAGCUUGUCUCAUUUUUAAAUGCUGAAUCACAUUUUAUUUCUUGAAUUAAUACGAUAGAAACGUCAAAAUGCAGGACCACUGGAAUAUGCCAACUUUUUUGUUUUGGGGUUGUGUGUAUAGUUUUUGUUGUGCUGAUUUGUUGGCUUGUUUUUUAAAGAAACUGAAACUGCUAUGUCUGCUAGUGGAAGAAAAUGCUUUGUUUUGCUCUGAAGAUUCUGAAAUUAUUCAGGCAUAUCGUGGUUCAUAGAUUACAAAGACUAAUGCUAGUUAAAUGCCAAGGAACUAUUUUUACUGUUUUUAUACGAAAUGUACAAAUUUCGGGGGGGGUGAUGGUGGCAGCGGUGCCUUUUCCUACCUUACGUAAAACACUUGAACAUUCUCAUCAAUUGUGCCAUCAUCUGUUUAAUACUCCCAGUAUAUUUUCUCAACGUCUGUUUACCUAAAGUUGUAUGGAAUGACAUCAUAAGCAAUAAAAUCUGAAU